GAGAGCGGCGUGGCGGGGCGUGGCGGCGGUGCCGCUGUCAGCGCGAUGAGGCGGCGCCGCCGGGGCUCCCGCCGCUGCCUCCGCCGGGCCGCGCGCCCGCCCCAUGGCGCGUGAGGCCGGCACCGCCCGACCGCGCUCCGGCCGCCGCCCCCGCCCAGCAGCUGCCAAAACAUAGUACAGUGAAAUAAUGGUCUGCUAGCCUGCUAAACAAGUGUCCAGCUUCCACAAUGCCUGUGCAGGCAGCUCAGUGGACAGAAUUUCUGUCCUGCCCAAUCUGCUACAAUGAGUUUGAUGAGAAUGUGCACAAACCCAUCAGCUUAGGUUGCUCCCACACCGUGUGCAAGACCUGCCUGAACAAGCUCCAUCGCAAGGCGUGUCCUUUUGACCAGACUGCCAUCAACACAGACAUCGACGUGCUUCCUGUAAACUUUGCACUCCUCCAGCUGGUUGGAGCCCAGGUACCUGAUCAUCAGACAGUAAAGUUGAGUAAUGUAGGAGAGAACAAACAUUAUGAAGUAGCAAAGAAAUGCGUUGAGGAUUUGGCACUCUACUUAAAGCCAUUAAGUGGAGGAAAAGGUGUUGCAAGCUUGAAUCAGAGUGCCCUGAGCCGUCCCAUGCAGAGGAAGCUUGUGACCCUGGUGAACUGUCAGCUGGUGGAGGAGGAGGGCCGCGUCCGAGCCAUGAGGGCAGCUCGGUCACUGGGAGAGAGAACUGUCACAGAACUCAUCCUGCAGCACCAGAAUCCUCAGCAGCUUUCUGCCAAUCUUUGGGCUGCUGUCAGGGCACGAGGGUGCCAGUUUCUAGGACCAGCUAUGCAAGAGGAGGCACUGAAACUCGUAUUACUGGCACUGGAAGAUGGCUCUGCACUCUCAAGAAAAGUUCUGGUACUUUUUGUUGUGCAAAGGCUGGAACCAAGAUUUCCUCAGGCCUCUAAAACAAGCAUUGGUCACGUUGUGCAGCUACUGUAUAGAGCAUCAUGCUUUAAGGUCACUAAAAGGGAUGAAGAUUCUUCUCUGAUGCAACUUAAAGAAGAGUUCCGGAGUUACGAGGCCUUGCGGAGAGAGCACGAUGCCCAAAUUGUUCACAUUGCCAUGGAAGCAGGACUUAGGAUAUCACCAGAACAGUGGUCUUCCCUUCUUUAUGGAGACCUGGCACAUAAAUCACACAUGCAAUCCAUUAUUGACAAGCUUCAAUCCCCAGAGUCUUUUGCUAAGAGUGUACAAGAAUUGACAAUUGUCUUGCAGCGCACGGGGGAUCCUGCAAACUUAAACAGGCUGAGGCCUCAUUUAGAGCUGCUGGCAAACAUAGAUCCAAAUCCAGAUGCAGCAUCUCCGACAUGGGAGCAGCUGGAAAAUGCAAUGGUUGCUGUAAAGACUGUGGUCCAUGGGCUGGUGGAUUUCAUUCAGAAUUACAGUAGAAAAGGCCAUGAAACUCCACAGCCACAACCAAAUAGCAAAUACAAAACAAGUAUGUGCCGAGACCUUCGACAGCAAGGGGGGUGUCCAAGAGGAACAAACUGUACAUUUGCUCAUUCUCAGGAAGAGCUUGAAAAAUAUCGCUUAAGGAACAAAAAAAUCAGCGCGACAGUGAGGACCUUCCCCCUUCUGAACAAAGUGGGCGUGAACAGCACCGUCUCAACCACGGCAGGGAACGUCAUCUCUGUCAUAGGCAGCCCUGAGGCAACGGGCAAGAUGGUGCCAAGCACCAAUGGAAUAGCCAGCCUAGAGCCUGGGGUUCCCCAGCUGAUCCCCCGCUGCACAGACACCUCCCUGAGAGCGCUGGACAACACCAAGAAGGGAGGCAAGGCUGGCGCCAACGGCCAGAACGCCUCUGGCUCCCCCACAGAAUCACUUCCUGAAAGUAAAAUUGGUUCUCCACCCAAGACUCCCGUAAGCCAGGCAGCAGCUACCUCAGCUGGUCCUCCUAACAUUGGAACAGAAGUUAAUUCUGUGCCUCCAAAAUCCAGCCCGUUUGUUCCCAGAGUACCCGUCUACCCUCCACAUUCUGAUAAUGUUCAAUAUUUCCAAGAUCCCAGGACUCAGCUGUCGUAUGAAGUUCCACAGUACCCACAGACAGGGUAUUAUCCAGCACCUCCAACAGUCCCAGCUGGCGUGGCUCCGUGUGUUCCUCGCUUUGUGAGGUCCAAUAACGUUCCAGAGUCCUCCCUCCCGCCUGCCUCCGUGCCAUAUGCCGACCAUUACAGCACAUUUCCCCCUCGGGACCGCCUGAACUCUCCCUACCAGCCUCCUCCUCCUCAGCCCUACGGGCCGGUCCCUCCUGUCCCCUCUGGAAUGUACGCCCCAGUCUACGACAGCAGGCGCAUCUGGCGCCCGCAGAUGUACCCACGAGAGGAUAUUAUCAGGAGCAAUUCUUUACCUCCCAUGGAUGUGAUGCACUCAUCUGUCUAUCAGACAUCGUUGCGGGAGAGGUACAACUCUCUGGAUGGGUAUUACUCUGUGGCUUGUCAACCUCCAAACGAGCAGAGGACUGUGCCUUUACCAAGGGAGCCUUGUGGUCAUUUGAAGACUGGUUAUGAUGAGCAGCUGAGACGGAAGCCGGAGCAGUGGGCACAGUACCACACACAGAAAACUCCUCUUGUAUCAUCAACCCUUCCUAUGGCAACACCAUCUCCAACACCACCUUCUCCUCUCUUCAGUGUAGAUUUCAGCACAGAGUUCUCAGAGAGUGUCAGUGAUUUGAGUGGAACUAAAUUUGAGGAAGACCAUCUCUCUCACUAUUCGCCGUGGUCUUGUGGCACUAUUGGCUCUUGUAUAAAUGCUAUCGACUCAGAGCCCAAGGAUGUGAUUGCCAAUUCCAAUGCCGUGUUAAUGGAUUUGGACAGUGGGGAUGUUAAAAGGAGAGUGCAUUUGUUUGAAACGCAGAGAAGGGCAAAGGAGGAAGAUCCGAUAAUCCCGUUCAGCGAUGGCCCCAUCAUCUCCAAGUGGGGUGCAAUCUCCAGGUCAUCCCGCACAGGUUACCACACAACAGAUCCAAUCCAGGCCACUGCUUCCCAAGGAAGUGCUACUAAACCCAUCAGUGUAUCAGAUUAUGUCCCUUAUGUCAAUGCUGUAGACUCAAGAUGGAGUGCCUAUGGCUCAGAUUCUGCCUCCUCAGCACGUUACGCAGAACGGGACAGGUUCAUAGUUACAGAUUUGUCUGGUCACAGAAAGCAUUCCAGCACUGGAGAUCUACUGAGUAUUGAAUUACAGCAGGCCAAAAGCAACUCCUUACUCCUUCAGAGAGAGGCAAACGCCCUUGCCAUGCAGCAGAAGUGGAAUUCUCUAGAUGAAGGCAGUCGUCUUACCUUAAACCUUUUAAGCAAGGAAAUUGAUUUGAGGAAUGGUGAGACUGAUUAUCCAGAAGACUGUGCAGACACAAAGCCAGACCGAGACAUUGAACUGGAGCUGUCAGCCCUCGACACAGACGAACCUGAUGGGCAAGGUGAACAGAUAGAAGAGAUUCUGGACAUACAGCUAGGGAUUAGCUCCCAAGAGGAUCAGCUGCUCAAUGGAACAACCGUGGAGAAUGGGCAUCUGCUAAAGCAGCACCAGAAAGAAUCUCUGGAACAGAAGAGACAAAGUUUAGGUGAAGACCUUGUGAUUCUGGAGGAGCAGAAAACAAUCCUGCCCGUAACUUCUUGCUUCAGUCAGCCGAUCACAACAUCUGUUAGCAAUGCAAGCUGCCUGCCCAUCAGCACAUCAGUCAGUGUUGGCAGCCUCAUUUUGAAAACUGCUCACAUUAUGUCUGAGGAUAAAAAUGACUUUUUAAAGCCUGUUGCAAAUGGCAGGAUGGUUAACAGCUGAAAGGCAUUCAUCUUUCCAGCUUGUGACCACACCAUGGAAGCAUUUACACUAGCUUUUUAUAUAUAUAAUAUAUAUUAUAUAAUGUAUAUUUUUUUUAAAAAAAUAAUAUUGGGGUCAUGCAUUUCCUGUGGACUCUUUGAUACUUCAAGCCCCUCUCGCAUUAGCAUUCUGAAGAAAAAAAAAACUUACUUUAGUAGGGUAAGGCGUUCACUUUCCACAAAUGAAUGGAAUUUGGACAUUGUUUUACUUAAGCUUAAAGCAGCUUUUUAUGAGUUUGUAGCAAUCCGGUGCGGUAUCUGAGCCAUUCUUGUUGAAAAUGGCUUCUGUAGAAAACUAACAACUCAGUUACUUAAACUAGCAGGAUCCUACGAUGAUACAUCUAGUGAAAGGAAGACUAACUUAUUUGUCUCUAUUUUGUUUCACGAGAGAAGAACUUUUGUCUUGUUGCAGCUGCUUUUUCUUUAGUUGUGGAACUUUGCAUGGAGUCUUGUUUCCUGUUGGAAGACUGAGAGGUGGAGAUUUGGACUUGAGGCUUUUACAGGGUUCUCACGCCGUUAGCUUUGCACUGCUGCGUUAUUUGCAGGUCUGUGGGGCAGUGCUUUGCUGCAGCUUUUGGUUUCCAUUCCCCCCGUUGAUGCUUUAGUGCUGUAGAUGCACAUACACAGGCUACUUGUCCAAGUAAAGUUAUCAGAAGUAAAUCAAGUGCCUAAGUCCUCCAGCUAAUGUACUAGGUAUUGAUUUCCCCAAGCUAUACAUGAAACAAUUUUCAACGAUCUUGAGAGGUUAUGCACUAAUGUAACAGCAGUUUUAGGAUUUUUUUUCUUCUUGUUCUUUUUUUCAUUAAUAGUUCUCAACUUGGAGAUUAUAGGAUCCAGAUGACUUGGCAAAAAGUAUCAGGUGCUCUUGGCUUUCCUUUGAAAACCCUGUAUCUAGUGUUUGCACUGACUAACAAGAUGGUAUUGCUGUUUUUUGUACUGUUUUGUUUUAAUUUAAACUAAAUAUUGGGAAUUUAAGGUGGUUGUAAUUACCUUUGUUAAAUGUUGUUAAUCAUGAUCUUGUAUUCAGGUUUAAUUUUUGUUUAUUCAGUGGCAACUUAUAUUCAAAGACCUUGAAAAUACAAUGAGAUAGCAUUAUCUGACCUUCAGAGUGCUGAAAACUGUAUGAAUUUAUGCCCUGUUAAGAGGUGACUGAGAAUCAUGUUAGACAUGUCAACUGAAAAUUGGUUUUCAUAAAUACACAUGAACUAGAGCCCUGGGCAUAUUUUUUUGACAAGCUUAAAAAUCCACUUUUUUUUUUUCUUUUAAGAAAGCAGGACUCUCCCUCCUGAUGAUUACUAUCUUCUUGUUUGUCCUCUUACUUUUCUUUGUGACAAGUUUUACAUUUUUUUAUGUUUUUAUUAACUUCUGUGAAGUUGUUUACUCUGAAAAUUGUACUGGAAUAUUUUAAGCCAAGCUGAUCUUUCACCAGGUGUACUGCAUGUAAGGGCUUUUCCUGCUAGCAAAAUGCUUAAAGAGGAUCAUGUUACUGGUCGUCUGAGUUGUUAUUUUACAAAAUCACAGCUAUGUGGUCGGGUAAGAUUUUGAUAACUGUUUUGUGCACGCUUCUGGGGGGUGGGGGUUGGCAUUUCCCUGAGGGUUACUGAUUAGACUAAGUAAAUAUUGGUGUUUGAUAUCUCUCCUAACGAACCUGUCCAUGAAAUAAUUAUGUUGUAAAUAUACCUGCAAAUCCAAGGGUUAGUUUUGAUAUUCUGGUGUCAGUAUGGAAGAUCUUACACAUCUAUUUAAUACUCCAGUGUCAAGGAAUGUAUGUAGAAGAACAGUCAAGUAGUUUUUUCUUAGUUUCCUUUGGCUGUUGCUGUACCUUCUCCAGCCAGUGCCACCUCACUCUAGGGUUAGACUGACGCUUCUUUCACUCGCUACGUGAAGUGAAUGGAUACAAGAACCAGACCACCUUUGUCACCUUAACUUAUUUCCUAUUGAUGUUAACUUUAACUUAGAAUGUUAGACAUAAAUAUGAUUGUUGUAUAUUUUAUACCAAGACCAUUCUGUAAAUAUGAAUUUAUAUUACUUUUGAAAUGCUUCUGAGAUACUAUUAUUUGCUGUACAAUGUAAUUCCAAAACAGAUAUGCAAACAAGUAUGUCUCUUUCAUGGAUAUUUAAACAGUGAGAUCUUCCAUGUUGAAGGUGAUGUAAUUUUUUUAAAAGAUUUUUAAAUUUUAAAUUGCUAUUUUGUUACAAAAAUAGAGAAAAUAUAAAGGUUUGAGAAGUCCUUAUUUGCCCUCAGGGAAAGAGCCCUCUGUGCACCAGAACUCCACAGAACAUCUUCAGCAUGAUCUGAGGGUGAAUAUAUACUACAUAAAUUGAUUGUGUAUUUACCUUAACUUUUUAAUUUUAAAAUGGCAAUUUUAAAAACUUGGUUGUGCUCUGCUGGAGGGGGUUGGGAUAAGCUGCUUACACACAUUUGCCUGUUUGUCCAGUGAAAUGACAUAAGCCUGACAUACUCCUGCCAAGCUCUUGGCAUAUUUAAGAACAAAUGUAUCUCUAGACUCUUGUCUGCAGCAGGAGGUCCCGUGAUAGAGCAGUUCUCUAGGAUGACCAUACACUCGAUAUGGAAAGUUGAUUCUCAACUGAGGCUAGGGUUUUCUAGUUGAAUUUUUAACCUAUUAAUGACAGGCAAAAGAAUCAUUUGGGGGUUUAACAGCAUGCCAGCUUUGUCUUACAGUUUUAACACUGACUGUGUGGUUUUGCCAUGAAACUAAUGCCCUCCAGUGCCCUGACAGGGAGAAGCAGCUGCAGGUGGGAACGCCUGGCUCUGGCUUCCUUCUUUGUUGAAGUUUCAGCCCUUGACCCUUUACAAACAAGUAUGUAUUCAUUUGUUAGUUGUAAAUCAGGUGCCUUUGGGCUAUGGAAGGGCUUAUUUUCUGACACUGAGAGAGUGACUUACUUUGUGUGUCAAUAGCAGUGAUGCCCAUUUAGGUUUUGGCCUAAUUUACUGUGCUGUCAGAAAAGAAGGCCCGGAGCAGAUCGGGGAAAGAGAUUGGCUCUUUUGCUUUGCUUGGACAAGCAUUUUGGGUUAGUUUGGUUUGGUUUUUUGUUUUGGUUUAUUUUUUUUCCCCGUUCGGGGUACAGCAGGGAUUUCACAUGCAAGAGAGACGGGAAUUAUUAGUAUCUAAGUUAAUUGUGUUGCCUCACUACCUGGAUUCAUUCCUUGGUUUGCCUCAUUUCCCACAUAGGUCUUAACAGAGACUAAUGCUUGUGCUGGGAGAAUGCUUGUGUGAGAAAGUGACUAUCUGUACAUUCUUAACAUAUACUUAGAGCAGAGUGAUCGCCCUGCUACUGAUACUUUGUUCCUGUAAACAGGUGACAAGAAAUGAAUCUUAGUGUUUAUGCAGAUUUUGCAUUUUGUAGAAUGUAUACUAGACCCUUCAAAGGCAAGGUUAGACUCUUUGCAAAGCAAACUGGCGUUGGUUCUUGGUAGUCUAGUACAGGGACACUGAAGUUUGGCGUUUGAUUUAGGAAAAAGAAAACAGCUGUACACAGCUGAUUAUGUUAAAUAAGCUCUUAAUUAAGCUAUUUGUAGAAGUCUUAAUUUGGAAGGUUUUAGUGCUUUGAUAACUCAAUUGAAAUUUUCAUUUCUCCUGUACUCAAGAGCUGAAUGCUGUUCUUGUAUAAUAGUGUACUAGGCUGGAUGAGGUACAAAAUAAUGCACAGUGGUCAGAAACAGCUGAGGAAAGAACGCUUAAAAUAACUCAAUCUAAACUCAGAAUAGUUCCAAACAUUGGUUUUGUUUGCUUUUUUAAAGCACAAGUUGUCAAGUUGUACCUGUUGCUGUACAUAAACACUGUAUGCCAGCAGCUCCUUGAUCAUAUUCGUGAACAGACUUUUCAUUAAUUAUUAGACUGGUAUUAAAGGAAGGUGUUGAAUUUGAGAGUGUAACAAAAUGAGAAAUGAUCAGAUGAUCUGUAGGAUGUAAAAGUCCAUUUUUAUGUUGUAGUUUAAUCCCUUUGUUAGGAAAUUCCCUCUCACUGAGGGACCUCUUCUGCAAGCAGAACACAAUAAAUGUGCUUUUUUAAAUGACCCAAUUUCCCAGUAUAAACGAACAGCUGACUUUGGCAGUAGUCAUCCCCCUGCAUCUCUUUGCUGGCAAGGGAGCAGGACAAGGGGGUAAAAAAAUCCCCAAAACUGUCACUGAUGAGACAAAACAAAUCUGAAUAAUCAAAGUGCCCAAUGCCCAAACAUAAUUCUACACCCCAUUAUUUAAGGAUGCUUGUGGAAGCUUUUAAUCACUCAAGAUUUUGCUGUAAAAGCUGAAAUAAAGCAGAGCCUGGCUGCGUUUCUUACUGCCAAAAGCCAAGGUCAUUUGCACAUAGCCCAUGGAUUUCUCCAGAGUAGAUCUCCGUUACCCAAGGCAUGGGAAUGCAUGCGUUUUCUUAGCUGGGCAAACAAGUACAUUAUACAGUAGUUGUGAUACAACACACGUGGCUUUGAUUUGUACUGCACAUACCCACUGUACAGCCACUCCGAAGUAUUGUGGUUAGCUUGCAGCAUCUGCUGUCGCAUUGAUACUGUUUACUGCGUAUUCUUUUCCCUGGAAGUUUUAAAGAAAAUUUUUUUUUCUUGUUGCAUUGAUUACAUUUUAUAAAUUUGCUUAGCUGGAAAGUUUGGGAAAAGAGGCCUGUUUGUCAAUUGUACAACCGAUUGUGAAGCUCUAGUGUGAAUAUUUUUACGUCUGUAUUAGACAUUUUCUUUGCAAAUCUAUUGUUCGAUUGAAAUGUAAAUGAAAUAAAAGAUGGUGUACACCCAUCAUGUAUAAAGCAGGCACCAUCGCUACGAUGGAUUUAAUGCUCAUUUUUAUGGCGCAUUCUCAGCUUCUAUUUAAAACUAUAAUUUAAAGAAAAAAAAAAUCUGUAAAAUGAAAUGGGGAUAUAUGGGGGAGUAAAUUCUAUUCCGUUUAUUUCGGUUUUGAUUCCCAAUGGUAAUGUUUCCCUUCGUGUUAGAGUAGGGGGGCCCCGGCGGGGCCCGUGUGUCGCUGUAGCACUGACGUGCAGAGGUUGUAGCUUUGGCUGGGCACGGAUAGAGCAUCCCGGUUCGGUGUUUGAGAGACUCGAUGGAAGAAGUUUGCAGUAUUGACAUGUAUUUGCAUGCACGAAUAAAAAUUAUUUGUCCACCUUAA